CAAUUAUUUCUCCUCUCUCUCUCUCUACUUUCUCUCUCCGUCGCAUCGGUCGUCGUCCGGCGACUCUUCUUCCUCUUCUGAUCUAUCCAUUUGAUGGAUAACGGACCACCUCAGCCGUCAGGUUAACUUGUGUGCACCUUGAUAAUUUACUGGAUACUUGUUAUGUGUCACCAGCACAUGUAUGGAACAGGUAAUAGCCCACCUCCGAAACCUUGGGAACGAGCUGGGUCCUCUUCGGGCCCUACACCUUUUAAGCCCCCCUCUUCUGGUAACACGAGUGACGUAGUAGAGGCAUCCGGAACAGCCAGGCCUGGUGAGAUUGUUUCAACUGCUAAUAGGAAUACAACUGUUAAUAAUAGCACACUUGCAAGGCCUGUACCUCCUCGACCUUGGGAGCAACAGCAAACUUACGGUAGCGGAGGUUAUAAUACAGGGAUGAAUUAUAAUUCUGGAUAUGGAACUGGAAUGUAUGGUUCUUCUUAUGGCGGUGGCUAUGGAAGCACAUACGGAAGUGGUUUGUAUGGAAACAGUAUGUAUAGAGGAGGUUAUGGUGGACUUGCAGGUGGUGGCAUGUACGGUGGUGGAGGAAUGUAUAAUAGUGGGUUUGGUGGCUCAAUGGGGGGUUAUGGCAUGGGCAUGGGCAUGGGCGGCAUGGGUGGCAUGGGUGGCAUGGGCGGCUUUGGGGACCAAGAUCCAAAUAAUCCCUUUGGUGCUCCAUCUUCCCCACCGGGUUUCUGGGUUUCCUUCAUGCACGUGAUGCAAGGUGUUGUAACUUUCUUUGGCCGCGUCGCAAUGUUGAUAGACCAGAAUACCCAGGCAUUUCACAUGUUCAUGUCGGCACUGCUUCAGCUGUUUGAUCGCUCAGGAAUGUUAUAUGGAGAGUUGGCUAGAUUUGUGCUGAGAUUGCUUGGUGUCAAAACAAAGCCUAACAAAGUUCAUCCCCCGGGCCCUGGUGCACUUCCUGGUCCGCACCAUCCUCAUGGCAAUCAGAACUUUAUCGAGGGGCCUAAGGCUGCUCCAAGUACUGGCUGGGACAAUGUGUGGGGGGAUAAUGCACAAUGAUCCUUAGUAGUUAACUUUGAGUUGUCACCUACCAUCAGAAGCAAAUGAUAACUGGCUGCAAUCUGUAUGAAAGUUAAAGUAUUGAUAAGAGCUAUGCUGGUGUACUCGUAUGUAAACCCGAUCUACCGUGAGAGAUUGGCCUGCUGCAUUUAAAUGAGAAAAAUCUCUCUCUCAUAAUUUCGUAGGGACUGCCAAAUUGUGGGGGAUUGUAGUCUAUUGAUCAAUGUGCACCCUAAGUUUGGGGAUGAUCCGAUAGUUUUAUAGAUAUGGUGUGUGAUUUCUAUUGAUUGGUGAUAAAUGCUUCAUUGAGCAAGAUUUAUGUAAAUCCACCAAUUGCAAAGUCUUCAAUGACUUAACGGCUAUCUUCUUUGUUAUACAUGCUCUUAACCUCA